GGCGUCUACACGGUGUUCGUGGAUCUGGGGAACGCCAAGCUGGAGUUAUUGUACCCGCUGGGAGACCACAGUCCAGUGGCCAGCUUUUUGCAGAAGAACAAAGCCGGAGGCCUCCACCAUAUCUGCAUCGAGCAAUUGCUGAGAAAUGAUUGUCAUAUAAGAAGUCAACCAUGGCAAACAGGAAAUGUCAAAGUGGUACGACCGGCAUGCUGGAUCACCGGACGAGAGUUUGCCCCGCUUCGGUGCACGGCAGGGAGGCUGAAAAUGAGGAGAACCAUUUGCCCGUGGAGGAAUUCACGGAGAAUGAGACAGAGGCAAUGCCCGUUGCGCAAGACAGCCCCACGUUGGCAGAACACGAGUGCAACGACAACAGCGCCGACGGCGAUUCCAGCUCGGACUACGUCAACAACACUUCCGAAGAGGAAGAUUACGAUGAAGGCCUCCCUGAGGAAGAGGAGGGCAUAACGUACUAUCGGUAUUGCCCGGAGGAUGACAGUUACCUGGAAGGAAUGGAUUGCAACGGAGAGGAGUAUAUUCCUCACGAGGAGCAUCAAGUGGAGACCGACGAGUGUCAAGAAGCCAUCGAGGAAGAGGAAUGGGCGGGGACAAAAUUCAGCGCCAGGAUGAAAGCGAGGGCUACAGAAGAGGUGGUCUACCACGAUAGCUGUGUUCAGCUUCUGGAAGGCGAGGGGGCGUCUCUGGAAAUCCAAGACGAAGACGAAAGCCUACAGUAUUGUCAUCCGAGCGAUGAAACCUACCCGGGCUAUUACUCGCCGGAAGCCAAUGGGAACCCCUGUGGGAUGUCUCCGUAUCGUUCCAGGAAAGAAGACGCGGACCUGGAGGAGCAGGAGGAAGACAUCGACCAGAUUGUGGCCGAGAUUAAAAUGAGCAUGAGCAUGAGCAGUAUCAACAGCGCGUCGGAAAUGAGCCCAGAGCAUGCUGGGACUGAAAGUGUGCCAAAUGACUAUGCAGAGACUUGUCAAAAAGGAGACUUCAGCCCAAGCGCCAGCAGGCAUCAAGGGAGGCCCAAGUCCUUGAACAUCCCUCCUGCCUCAAAGCAAGUCGGGGAUAUUCCCCGAGGCUUCAAAACCAAGUCGAGAACAGAGGAAAGGCAGACGUGGCCGCAGGAACAGGUCUGCAACGGCUUGGAGCAGCCCAGGAAACAGCAGCGCUCUGAUCUCAAUGGACCCAUCGACAACAACAACAUGCCAGAGACCAAGAAAGUGUCGUCCUUCCCAAGUUUUGUUGAUGUUCCAGGGCCUUGCGAACCUGAAGACCUCAUCGAUGGCAUCAUCUUCGCCGCCAAUUACCUGGGCUCCACACAGCUGCUCUCCGAGCGGAACCCGUCCAAAAACAUCCGCAUGAUGCAAGCGCAGGAAGCCGUGAGCCGCGUCAAGAGGAUGCAAAAGGCAGCUAAAAUCAAGAAAAAAGCGAGCUCCGAGGGAGACGCCCAGGCCCUGACGGAGGUGGACCUCUUCAUCUCCACCCAGAGGAUCAAAGUUCUGAAUGCCGACACACAGGAAACCAUGAUGGACCACGCACUGCGCACCAUCUCCUACAUCGCCGACAUCGGCAACAUCGUAGUCUUGAUGGCGAGGCGUCGAAUGCCCCGGUCGGCUUCUCAGGACUGUAUUGAGACCACUCCCGGAGCUCAGGAAGGGAAGAAGCAGUACAAGAUGAUCUGCCACGUCUUCGAAUCGGAGGAUGCCCAGCUGAUUGCGCAGUCCAUCGGGCAGGCGUUCAGCGUGGCGUAUCAGGAGUUCCUGCGGGCCAACGGGAUCAACCCCGAGGACCUGAGCCAGAAAGAAUACAGCGACAUCAUCAACACCCAAGAGAUGUACAACGAUGACCUCAUCCAUUUCUCCAACUCGGAGAACUGCAAAGAGCUGCAGAUCGCAAAGCAGAAGGGGGAGAUCCUGGGGGUGGUGAUCGUGGAGUCCGGCUGGGGAUCCAUUCUGCCCACGGUGAUUCUGGCCAACAUGAUGAACGGAGGGCCAGCUGCUCGCUCAGGGAAACUCAGCAUUGGGGACCAGAUCAUGUCCAUUAACGGGACCAGCCUGGUCGGGCUUCCCCUGGCGACAUGUCAAGGGAUCAUCAAGGGACUCAAGAAUCAGACGCAAGUGAAGCUGAACAUCGUCAGCUGCCCGCCCGUCACCACUGUCCUGAUCAAGAGACCCGAUCUGAAAUACCAGCUGGGCUUCAGCGUACAGAAUGGAAUUAUCUGCAGCCUGAUGCGGGGGGGCAUUGCGGAGCGAGGGGGCGUCCGCGUCGGCCAUCGCAUUAUCGAGAUCAACGGUCAAAGCGUCGUGGCCACCGCUCACGAGAAAAUCGUCCAGGCCUUGUCCAACUCCGUGGGAGAGAUCCACAUGAAGACGAUGCCGGCCGCCAUGUUCCGGCUGCUCACCGGCCAAGAGACCCCCCUUUACAUCUGAGGCGAGGCCCAUCUCUCACGAGAGCAACUGAAGCGGCCUUCCAGAGGGAGGGGCUCGUACCCGGGAGGGAACUCCAAGGGGUUUGGCUCAGCUCCUCCAUCCUCUGGAAGCGCAGCGGCUGCCGCUUCCGUGCGUCUUUCUGGUUUAUAACACUCCUGUUGCCAAACGGUGAAGCCAUUACCAUGGACAAUAAGCCACCGCGUCAAGGUGUUUCACCUCCACCGACAACCACCCUUUGUCAUAGAAGCUUCUGGACACAGGACACAACGCCUCGCAAACGUCUCCAGCACCCACGGCGCUGCUGAGAUAAGAGUCUCCUGCGGGUUGUACUUAUAAGUUUAUCUGUCCCGAUAAGAGGAGGCAAACGAAGGCUUUCCUUGGGGGAGGGGGGGGGGUGACAAUGAAUGUAUGCAAUUCCAGGAGGGUGGGGGUGAUGACCAAGUGUUUGAUCUUCAUAGAAGGGGGGGGAAGAGCUCCUGUUGUAAGUGGUAUCCUUUCUUGACCAGUGUAACGUGUUUAUAUGAGAUGUGACUGUACUGUGAAACAAGGGAAGUUGGGUACAAAAAAAAAAAGAGAGAGAGAAGUUUUGCGACAAUAAAAAGACUCGCCACAUUCUGAACAUCGAACCACC